UCCUAUUAGCCAAAAGUAAGAGAAGAAAAGAAAAAUAAACAAAGACAUUAUUCGUCAAAAUACCAUUGGAAAACCCUUCCGUAACUAUCUUUCAUUGCCGGAUGAGAAGCCAAAACAAAAAGGAAAAACGAAAGCUAAUACGUCAUGGGAGCCUUGGAAAGUCCAUCCACGUCCCCAGGUUAAAUGGAGAUCCUUUGCCUCUCCAUACUCUCAAAAGUUUCAGUAGAGCUGCCAUGGUUGGUGAUCUUAGAUCUGUGAAGAUAAUCGAGAUCUGUAGGGUGGCUCCUCCGACGGCGGAGGAUUCACCUGCGCCCUCGUCGUCUCUUCCUCUUACCUUCUUCGACAUUCUAUGGCUGAGGUUCCAUCCGAUCCAACGCCUGUUCUUCUACGAAUUAUCGUCCACCGACACCUCUUUUCUCGACGCCAUUGUUCCAAAUCUCAAAAGCUCUCUCGCUCUUGCUCUUCGCCACUAUCUUCCUCUCGCUGGUAACCUCGUUUGGCCAAAAGGUUCCACUGGCCCAACCGUCGAGUUCGUCGAAGGUGAUGGCGUUUUGUUGACGGUGGCCGAGUCUGAUGCUGACUUUUACCAUCUUUCCGGUAAUGGCUUUCGUGAGGUUACUCAAUAUCAUCCUCUUGUCUCGCAGUUGUCUGUGUUUAAUGAUCGUGCUGCAGUGAUUGCUAUUCAGGUGACUUCACUUCAAAAUAGAGGGUUUUCCAUUGGAAUAACUAACCAUCAUGCAAUUAUGGAUGGAAGAACCGUGACUUCGUUUGUAAAGACAUGGGCUCGUAUUUGCAAUCUUGGAGGAUCCUCGCCUAUUCCAACCAUCGAGGCGAUGCCGUUCUACGACAGGUCGGUUAUCGACGAUGCGGCAGGUCUGUCGGCGAUCUAUGCAAACGUAUGGCAGAAUUUGGAAGGACCCAACAACAGGAGCCUGAACCUUAAACUACCCAAAACUCCCCCUGGUUUAAUCCGAUGCACUCUUGAAUUCACUCGCAAAAACCUGCAAAAGCUAAGGCAAUGGGUCCUGAAAAAGCGAGAGAACAAUGAGGAGAAUGAUCACCACGUAUCUUCAUUUGCUUUGGCAACUGCUUACCUUUGCGUGUGCACCGCCAAGUCUGAAGGUUUAAGUGAUGGAAAGUUUGUGUUCGCAUUUGCUGCUGAUGCGAGAUCUCGUUUGAAACCGCCAGUGCCUUUAAAUUACUUCGGUAAUUGUUUGGUUGCUGGUUUUGUUUUACUGGAAAGAAGUGAGCUUUUGGGUGAAAAUGGAAUAGUUGUGGCGAGCGAGGCAAUCUCCGAAGCUAUUAGAAAUUUGGGAGAAACAGCAUUGAAGGGGGCAGAGACUUGGUGCUCAUCAAUGGCUGCAAUGACCAGUGAUUAUUCUCAACCAAAAGGCAUUAUUUCCAUUUCUGGAUCGCCUAGAUUUGAAGUUUAUAGUGCAGAUUUUGGGUGGGGAAAGCCAAGAAAGGUGGAAAUAGCGUCGGCUGAGUCAUCAUCUGUUUUUUCGUUAUCAGAUACUCCAAAUGGUGAUGGCGGAAUAGAGAUUGGAGUGGUUAGGGAAAGAAAUGAAAUGGAAAAUUUUGUUGCUCUAUUUGGUAAAGGUUUCGAGUGUCUUUGAAAUUAUAGGCAAACAUAAUUAUUAGUCUUGUUACAUUUUGGUAUUUAUUAUGAGACUAGUUUAUGUUGGAGUGUUUCUUUCAUGGAAUAGAGUAAGAUUCAUAUUUUGUUUAAUUAAUUUGAAGUUAUAAAUUUUAUUUUUAAAUA